AUGAAUAUAGCAAUGGCUGGGAAAGCUGUGCCUGCAGGAGAUACAGUGAAAGAAUGUCUUCAGGAGUCACCCAAGCCCCAGACACCUCCUGAGGUGAGGAAGUUUCGCCACAGUAACCAACCGGAGCCAGGAGUGAUCAGAGUGCAUCAUGGGAAAGCUGGAGAUCCGGAUGUGGCCAGUGCCCUGGUCCAUGGGGUCAGCACCAAAGCCUCCCUCUCUAGCACUAACCUGCUGAAUCCCCCUAAGAGCACAGUGUUCCAGGAGAAGCUGCAGCAGCUGAGUGAGGCGCAGUACAGGUCCCAAGAGAGGGCACCACUGGGCCGGGCCCGUGGGCAGAGCGGAGGACUGCCCGCCUGGGUCAGAGAGAACACUGUGUUUGGGGUCAAGAACGCCAUUGGGCUGGAUGUGCGGGAGCUGCUGAACCCUCCUAAGACCAGAGCAGAGGUGGAGAGAGAGGCCCAGGAGGCACACGAGCUCUACAUGCACAGCCACAACCACUACUUUGUCGGUGAGCGUAUCAACAGGAAGUAUGACCUUCCUCACUUUAGCGCAGACAGCGUGUUCGGACUCCCCACUCCUCACCAUGACGACGGGCGUAAUCUGGCCAAGACUCUGCGGUGGAUUCACUCGGAUGAGCUAAAGGGACCAACUUCAAUUUCAUCACAAACCUUUGGGAUUCUUCCACCUUCGGAUCAGUAUGGAGCAGGAGAGGUGAUCUACCGCACUGGCCCGGGACAGUACACCCAGGGACCCACCACACAGCGCAGCCUGGUCCAUGCCAUCCGCCACCAUCUCAAGAAGGUCAACUUCCACUUCUUCCCCUCGCUGCUGCGCGCCUUCAGACACUAUGACAAGAAGGGCCGUGGGCUGAUAGACCUUCAGGACCUGGAGGAGGUGUGUCGUGAGUUCAAGUUGGAGCCCGGGCCGGCCGUGCUCCAGGAUCUGCUACACUACUGCGACGUGGACGGGGACGGACUUAUCAGCUUCAUGGAGUUCGCCAACUUCCUCUGCUGGAAAGACAACAUGCCCAUCAAGAUCCGGGACCAGAAGAUACUCACUGGAGAGCACAUGAGCAGUGGCUUGUCUGACAGAGAGGUGCCUUACUCCAGACCACUGCUGAGGCCCGAGGACCUGGAGCCUGUAGAACCAGGCAGGCCUCUACGAGUCCCUCGCACGCUCACCCGCUCCAGGGGAGAUCCAGAGGCCUUCACUCCCUCCUCGGCUCUGAUUGGGGCCGUCACUGAUUCUGCAGCGGGGAAAGCCCUGCGCUCCUGUGGCGUCCCCACCAUCCGCACAGACCUGCCCGCGCCCCGUCUGAGGAGAGUGAGCGACAGGACAAACUACGGAGACACGGCCGACGCCGCCACCCUGCUCUGUCCCCACGUGCACGCUGCUCUGGGCGUGCACGAGCAGGACUUCCUUUGCCCACGUAGCAAACAAGAGAUCGCAGAGAUCUUCCAGAACAUCGGGCUGGACUUGUCCCAGCAGCUGUUGGACGAGGCCUGGGAGCUGGCCACCGUGAGGAGCCCCAGUGGAGACGUGAGCGUGGAGAACUUCAGGAACGUGCUCAGGGAACUAAAGGCCAUGUAG